GUGUCGCUUUUCUGGGGUUACUGCCGUGUACCCGAAGGCCUCCAGCUUCCAGCCACUCAAAUAGGCCUCUGGAGGAGCUUCUAAAUAACCCACGCCGAGGCUGUCUUCUUCUGAAGCUGUCUGGGACAGCUUUGCUACUCAACUGACUGGACAUAAUUCCAGAGACCACGUCAAGGAUACAGCACAUGAUUUGGGGCUUCCACGUCGUGACAUGGAGGAGUCUUCAGUGACAGUUGGCACAAUAGACGUUUCUUAUGUGCCCAGUUCAUCAGAAUACAGCCUUGGCCGAUGUAAACACACGGAUGAAGACUGGGUUGACUGUGGCUUCAAACCUACUUUCUUCAGAUCCGCAACACUGAAAUGGAAGGAGAGCCUCAUGAGCCGGAAGAGGCCCUUCGUGGGAAGGUGCUGCUAUUCGUGCACGCCUCAGAGCUGGGAAAGGUUUUUCAACCCCAGCAUCCCGUCUCUAGGCUUGCGGAAUGUUAUUUAUAUCAAUGAAACUCACACAAGGCACCGGGGAUGGCUGGCACGGCGUCUUUCUUACAUCCUUUUUGUUCAAGAGCGAGAUGUCCAUAAGGGCAUGUUUGCCACCAGUAUUACUGACAACGUCCUGAGCAGCAGCAGAGUCCAGGAGGCAAUUGCAGAAGUGGCUGCAGAGUUGAGCCCGGACGGAUCUGCCCAGCAGCAGUCCAAAGCCAUCCAGAAGGUGAAACGGAAAGCCAGGAAGAUCCUCCAGGAAAUGGUUGCUACUGUCUCCCCAGGGAUGAUCAGGCUGACUGGCUGGGUGUUACUAAAGCUCUUCAAUAGCUUCUUCUGGAACAUUCAGAUUCACAAGGGUCAACUGGAGAUGGUAAAAGCUGCAACUGAGACGAACCUGCCGCUCUUGUUUCUGCCGGUGCACAGGUCACACAUCGACUACCUGCUGCUCACCUUCAUCCUCUUCUGCCACAACAUCAAAGCCCCGUACAUUGCCUCGGGCAACAAUCUCAACAUCCCCAUUUUCAGUACCUUGAUUCACAAGCUUGGAGGCUUUUUCAUAAGACGGAGGCUCGAUGAAACCCCAGACGGACGCAAAGACAUUCUGUACCGAGCGUUGCUCCAUGGGCACAUAGUUGAACUCCUCAGACAGCAGCAGUUCCUAGAGAUCUUCCUGGAAGGCACCCGCUCCCGCAGUGGCAAGACCUCCUGUGCCCGGGCAGGGCUCCUGUCAGUGGUCGUGGACACUCUGUCGUCCAACACCAUCCCUGACAUACUCGUCAUACCCGUGGGCAUCUCGUAUGAUCGGAUAAUUGAAGGUCACUACAAUGGUGAACAGUUGGGCAAGCCCAAGAAGAACGAGAGUCUCUGGAGCGUGGCGAGAGGCGUUAUCAGGAUGCUGCGGAAAAACUACGGCUAUGUCCGAGUGGACUUUGCACAGCCGUUUUCCUUGAAGGAAUAUUUAGAAGGCCAAAGUCAGAAGCCUGUAUCUGCCCCCCUUUCUCUGGAGCAAGCACUGUUACCAGCGAUCCUUCCUUCAAGACCUAAUGACGCUGUUGGCGAGCAUGAAGACAUGCCCUCCAACGAGCCCAGAAGCACGGCGGACGAAGCCUUCCGGAGAAGGCUGAUUGCAAACCUGGCCGAGCACAUUCUCUUCACCGCUAGCAAGUCCUGCGCUAUCAUGUCCACCCACAUUGUGGCCUGCCUGCUCCUCUACAGACACAGGCAGGGAAUCCACCUCUCUACGCUGGUGGAAGACUUCUUUGUGAUGAAGGAGGAGGUCCUAGCUCGAGAUUUUGACCUAGGUUUCUCCGGGAAUUCAGAAGAUGUCGUCAUGCACGCUAUUCAGCUCCUGGGGAACUGUGUCACAAUCACCCACACAAGCAGGAAAGAUGAGUUUUUUAUUACUCCCAGCACAACUGUCCCAUCAGUCUUUGAACUCAACUUCUACAGCAAUGGCGUGCUUCAUGUCUUCAUCAUGGAAGCCAUCAUAGCUUGCAGCAUUUAUGCAGUCCUGAAUAAGAGGGGCUCCGGAGGGUCUGCUGGAGGCCUCGGCAACCUCAUCAGCCAGGAGCAGCUGGUGCGGAAGGCCGCCAGCCUGUGCUACCUUCUCUCUAAUGAAGGUACCAUUUCUCUGCCUUGCCAGACUUAUUACCAAGUUUGUCACGAGACAGUCGGAAAGUUCAUCCAGUACGGCAUUCUCACAGUGGCAGAGCAAGACGACCAGGAAGAUGUCAGUCCUGGCCUUGCAGAGCAGCAGUGGGACAAGAAGCUUCCGGAACCUCUGAACUGGAGAAGUGAUGAGGAAGAUGAAGACAGUGACUUUGGUGAGGAGCAGCGAGAUUGCUAUCUGAAGGUGAGCCAGUCCAAGGAGCACCAGCAGUUCAUCACCUUUCUCCAGAGGCUUCUGGGGCCCCUGCUUGAAGCCUACAGCUCUGCUGCCAUCUUUGUCCACAACUUCAGUGGUCCAGUCCCCGAGUCUGAGUACCUGCAGAAACUGCACAGAUACCUUAUCACCAGGACAGAAAGGAACAUUGCGGUGUACGCCGAGAGUGCCACGUACUGUCUUGUGAAGAACGCUGUGAAAAUGUUUAAGGACAUCGGGGUUUUCAAAGAGACCAAGCAGAAGCGAGUGUCUAUUUUAGAACUGAGCAGUACUUUCCUACCUCAGUGCAACCGGCAGAAACUCCUAGAGUAUAUUCUGAGUUUUGUGGUGCUGUAGGGAUCUCUCAGCACCUAUCUUGAGCAAGGAGCUGAUGAGUCCCUUGCAGACUCGUCUGACCCAGAGUGGCAGGUGUCCUGGCAUGGCCCAGCCUGCCCUACCCCAAGGAGACUUCCAGGAAGACACGUGCCUUCUGCCCCGCUAGACCCACGCUCCUCCCAAUGCAGACGCAGUGGCCUGCGCUGAGCGCUUGGAGCCAGUGCUAUCUGCGAUUCAUGAUCGCUAGGUUACUAGGUGAAAUCUCAGUAAGUUAUUUUGGAGUUUAUUAAAGGUUCACAUUUUAAGUAUAACUUUUCAGGUUAGUUGCUGUGAUGGACAUUGAGGUGUUUGUAAAAUGGACUCUUAUAUAAUAAGUAACAAUGUUUCCUUUAAAAUAGUUGGGUCAUCCAUUCUGUCUCCAGUAUCUGUCAACAGGAGUUGUGGUUUGUACGAGAGCCCUUUGCUCUCCAGAUUUACUAAGGAGCAAUGUUGUCCUGGGCGGGCAGACUCCGGAUGUGUUCAAGGCUGCCUGAAAGCAGACAAGACUGUAGGUCAGGAUGUGGGGACUGAGGAAAGAGCGUCAGGAAGGGAGUCUGCUUCGCAAGAGUGAGCCGUGCUUGGCCAAGAACGUGGCGUCCAAGGCUUUGUGCACGUGACAAGAGUGCCAUUGAGCUGUAAUGACCAGUGUUUAGAGUCCUUGCUGCCGAUGCCUGUACCCUCCUUGCCCUUUGAGUGACAGGCACCUGCUGCUUUUGAGGAGCUCGCUGCAGCGAUAGCUGGCUUGUGGCACUCUGGCUACACACUGCUGACCCAGGGGUUCCAGACAUGCUCACGCACUGGGUGAGGCAGCCUCGCCCGGAUGGCUGGUACCCAGAUGGCGCACUGUGCAGCCUGUGUGGCAUGCACCGUGACCCAGCUGAGUGGCAGACAUUUAUAUGGGCUACGCACACAAACUCCAUUGCCACGGAAAGGAGAGUAAUUAUGAAAAACAUUCUGUUAGAGUGGGCGGGUGCCUUUUUGUGAGCAAGGAGCAUAAUUGUUAGUUAUUUGUGAUAAUUAUGGAAGUUUCUUAAUGAUCACGUGACAAUAUAGUCUCUAACUCUCUACUGUUUAUAUCUAUGAUUUUAUGGAAUUAUGAAUUCUUCUGAUGAGUGUUGUAUAGGUGAUUUGAAUUUAUAAAAGUAUUAGGGAUGAAGUUUGUACUUUCCUAAACUUGAAUUUCAAACACUAAUUGUAUCCUGUGAGUGACGUGUGUGUUAGGUGAGGUGGGGGCCCGCCUGGCGUUACACAGUGCAUGCCGUAGCUGGUCUGGAGCUCAUAGCAAUAACGCUGUGCUGUGGUGACCUCUGCCCUUGCCUUGUGCACGUCACAUCUCCUUUUUCUUUGCAUCAAUAACAGGCUGACAUGUCCCUUGGCUGUACUGGGGACACCCAGAGAGUCUGCUUUACUCCCUUGGGUUUACCUCAUCUGGGGACUCAAGCAUUUUGUUGGUCUCUGUUCUUUUUCUUUACCCUCUAAAUGGGAACUAAAGGUGGCUCCCUCUGACCUGCCAGUGGGUGUGGCCGCCCUGGCUGUCAGCCCUGCAGAUGGCCACUGCUCCCCAGCUUAUGUAGAGACGGCCUUGUCCCUUGUCCCUUGUCCCUUGUAGUGCUCUCCCUUUUGGUAGGUGUUACUUUAAGAACUGCAGUUUACUUGGUGUUGCCUGAUAAUUAACUCACUGUGAGGAUAGGUACACACGCUUUUCAUAAUUAACUGGUGCUUUGAAACCUUUCUUAAGGAAGAAAAGUCUCAACCAAAGUAUGCUCUUCCUGACAAGCUGACCCUUGAGUUAAUUUUAGCACAACUCAUUCUUCAGUGCCUCAUUAUGAAAGAAAAAAGCAUCACAGUAAGGCAUCAAGGUAGCCCCAGUCCCUAAUAGAAACAUUCCCCUUGUCUCCCAGCAGUGGGCGGCUUCCUCAACCGAGUAAACAAACCAGGUGCUUGUAUAUAAUUUAUUACAGUUUACUCCACUGCAUUUCUGUCAAAUUGAAAUGCAUGCCCUUCAGGGGAGGACUGUGAGUCAAGUUUAAUAAAUAAAAACCUAUUACUAAGCAAUAUGAAGCUGCAGUCUGCUUUUAAGUGAGGCUAAGCCAAGUAAGCCUGAGGCAGGAGGGGUAUCCGCUCUCCAGAUCCUAAGGAGAAUGAAGGCAAAAACAGUGUAUGUCAGUUUAGCCAGGCACUCCUGCACCCUUCGUGACCCUGUUAGACUGAGGAAGCCAGGGGGCGAAUGCAGAGAGUGGACCUGGGCUGGCAGGGAACGGAAGCCUGGGGGCGAAUGCAGAGAGUGGACCUGGGCUGGCAGGGAACGGAAGCCUGGACAGAGUUCUGUCCUGCUGCCUCUUUUUAUGCACUGUUCGUAUCAUGUGAUGCCCCGAGAUGGGGAUCUGUGGGAUACACAGCGCCCAACAGUACAGAAAGGACUGCAUCUGCCAGCACGCAGACCUGCUACACAUAGCAUUUCCCUAGCUGUUUGGACCUCAGGACCUUUCCCCUCUGGGACACUGCAUGCCGUGGAAAUAUUUUCAGAAACUACAUUAACUGUUCUUUAGGCAGACCAAAAAUCACAACAGCAACAGGCAGCCUCCUGCAUGCUUUGUGUAUGGUUUGCGAAGCACCGCUCGCUUGGGUAUCUUUUCUCACUGGACGCGGGCUGCAGCGCCUUCCUGUGGAAGACCCACCGAUACCCUGGCCUUUUAAACUGGGAGUAGCAGAAUUAAUAGAGAAAUUAAUUGGGGUAAAUAAUAAAGGUUUUAAUUCAGAUCUCGAAGAAAACUGCACAGUUGAAUGCAGAUUUUUAUCCAUAGAUAACUGUAGUGUUUUGAAAUGAUAGGCCCUAUCUUUGAAGUUUCUAAGACUUACUAUGGGAUGUAAAUCUGUUUUUUAAAACCACUUUUUAGGGGCUUGAGAGCUGCCACCUGGCAUUUAGUUUAGUACGACCAAUGACUGCUUCAAGAGACUUUCGACCUUGCUUCCCAACAGCUAAAGGGCUAACUGUCUUUAUGGAAGGCAUUUGUUACAGUAUUUGCCCAUUGUACAAAGCCAUGCUGGAUUGUUGUAAAAAGAAUCACUACUGUAAAAUAGCGCUGUAUGAUUGUGGCGACACCGCCUUGGGAAUGCUGACUGAUUUUUAUGCCUGAUGACGGUGCAACCUGAGAAGCAUGGAAAUGGAGUUUGUUUUAAUAAACCAGAAAAAAACAAACAAA